AUGGCGGGAAACAGCGGCUUACAGCGGAACCUGGGCGCCCUGCUGGAGUGGAUGAUCUCCACUAACAGGGUGACAGUCCCUGACCCCCCGGCGAUGUCCGAGGCGGCGGGGGCGGCGGCGGCGGCGUCAGCAGCGGCGGCCGGCGCCGAUGCAGCUGCCACCGCGUCCGCCCUGAGCGCGCGGUUUCUUAAGGAGUGGGAGGCAGCUGGCUGCCCCGGCCGCCCCUCCCCUACUAGUACGGCAGCUGGGCAGAAGGGGAAGCGGACGUUCGACCACGCCAUGUCUACGCACAGCUUGUACACGAGGCACGCGGGUGGAGCGGCGGCAGGGGCGGCGGCCGCAGGAAAAGGGAACGGCGCGGCGGCGGCCGGGGGGGGAGCAAGACGGGGUUCUCCCAUGAUCGAGAGCAAGGGAACGUUCGCGAAAAAGAUGAGGAAAGCAUCGCCGGCAGACCGCUCGCCGGGGAAAGACCUGGAGUCUUGCGAGGCACCCGAAUGCAAGGACUUCGCCAGGUUCGCCCCUCCCGCGUCGCUUUCCCCGACGCGCUGCUCUCGGCACGCCGCGGGCGGCAUGAUAGCGAAGGCGAAGCCCCGGAAGGCGUGCGACGUUUGCACCGCGCGAAAGACAAGGUGCGACUCUGUGCGGCCUACGUGCGGCACGUGCGCCGCCCAGUUCGCGACCUGCAGGUACAGCGCGAGGCUGAAGUCCGGGCCAAAGGUCUCCAUGCUAGGGCAGGCCAGGCAAGAACAAGAACACCGCGCGGCGGAGCCGUCCGCUGUCGGUGCCGGUGGCGAGCAGCAGCAACUCGAGGGUAGUGCCGCCAUCGGUGACGUGGCGGCUGAGGCGGCGGCCAGCAACGGCGCCGAAGUGCAGCCCCUCAUCCCCCCGUCCAUGCUCCUGGCCGCUUUCUCGCAAGACCAAGCCGCCGUCGCGGCUUCAGAGGCGGUGGAAGCCGGCGCCGCGGCCGCUCCCGCGCCCCUGCCCACGGAGGCCGGGGCGGCUGGAACGGGGGCGACGGUGACAACAGCAGCGGCCGCAGGCGGGGGAGGCGAAGUGCCGGUGGAACAGCUUCCCCUCAGGUCCCCAUCCCAGGGGCUGAACCUGCUGCUGCUGUCGCAGGAGCUGCAGGAGGCGGCGGGAACGCCGAGGCCUUCCGCGGGGGCGCCGGUGUCUUCGACGAAGACCCCGGCCGAGCGGAGUGGGUCGAGCGAGAACGGGCGGGGGAGGGACGCGGGCUCCAAGCCGGCGGGCCCCAAGCCGCUGCGGACCUCGUGCGACAGGUGCACGAUGCGCAAGAUCAAGUGCGACGGGAGGGAGGGCAAGUGCCAAAGGUGCGACAGAGAUAACCAGUUCUGCCACUACAGCCUCAAGUCCAAGUCAGGCCCCAAGCCCAACUCCAUCCGCAGGAAGUCGUCGCCUACGCCCCCAAGGGAAAGGAGUCGUCCCUCGCCCUUAUCCUUAGCCAAUCUACCGCCGGGUCGCAUCCGCGGCGCCCCCGGUAGGGCGGCACCGCCUCUGACUUGGAGGCCUUCUCCGGCGGCGAGGUCCUCGGCGGCGGCAACAAGCUCGAUAAGAAUGGGAGGGGCAGAUCUGCGAGCCAGACGGUAUUGCAGGGGCGAGGGGCCCGGUGCCGCAGAAGGAGCCGGAAAGGGGCCGGCGGUUAGCGGCGCUGUUGUUGGCGGUGGUGCCACGGAGCCUCGCGUCCCCGUCGGCGGCGUUGCUGAUGCCGCGGAGGCCGGUGGCAGGGGGAGCGCCGGUGCCGGCGCGGGUGUUGGUGGCGGCCGCGGCAUGUUUUCCUCGGCUGCCGGCAUGGACGGGGGCGGCGGCGGCGGCGGAGCCAUGGCUGGGCCUGGUUCCACGAAGGGUCACAGCGAGGCGGUGGAAGCCUCGAGGAAAACCGGUAUGGUCUUCUGA